AUGUUGUUCACGCAAAUUGCCCUCGCGGCCGCCACCUUCGUUGCUGGCUCGUUUGCUGCUGCAGAUGAAUUCUACAUCAAGACCACCGGCUCCAGCCUUUCUUCGCACAACGACCUCUUCCUUGAAGCUUACCACACCGGUGCCGGGCUGGCUGAUGCGGUCUUAUCUACGGACAAUAUCAACGCUGGCCAUUUCUACUUGAACGACACAGAAUUGCGGAUGGAUGUUGGAGACGUGGACUAUGCCUAUGGGUUUGAGUUGGCUGCUGACAGUGGCUAUGCUGCCUGGCAAUUUGUCACAAUCAACGUCCAAACCGCGCAGUCAGGCUUUUCAGUGGAAAGCAAUGGCACCGUUGCUUUUAACGGGACUGAAUUUGGUGGCUGGCUCGCCUGCGACUGGUGGCAUGGAGCACCCCAACUCUUCUGGAAGAUUGAAUUUGACAGCGUCGACAUCCCGUCAAGCUGCAGCAGUGUCACCCUCGUAACGCAAGCCAUCAGCUCUUGA